CCUCAUCAUCGCCCUUCUCCCCCUCCUGUAGACACCCAUCAUUGCACUCCACUCCCCCACCCCGAUCGUGUCGUCGUGUCCCCAGCUCUCGCCCUCCUCUCCCACUCCGACCCCCUUCUCCUGUCCUCCCUCGUCUUCUUGCUCCUGCACCGCCCGCCCACGCCCCAGCCCACGCUAUAUAUAUUGCUGCCCGCGCGCCGUCGGCUUCCAGCUCGAUCCCGACCUCACCGGCACCGCACAGUACCGCUGCGGACGGACUGUAGAGCAGAGCCAUGGUGAACGCCUUCUUCGCGACCCUGGCGCGGGGGCUGGACGACCUGAGCGGCGCGGGCGGGCUGUCCUCGCUGCCGGCGCUGCUGCGUGCGGCGGCGCUGCUCAGGGGCCUGCACUCGCAGCUCAUGGUGCUCGUCGGCCAGCUCCACCUGCCGCCCGGCGGCCGGUGGCUGGACGAGUACAUGGACGAGACGGCCCGCCUCUGGGACGCCUGCCUCGCCGUCAAGCUCGGCCUCGCCGCCGUCGAGCGCUACUGCGCCGCCGCGUCCUGCGCCGCCGCCGCCCUCGACGACUGGCUCCAGGACCCCUCCCCCCUCUCCACUCGCCAGGUGAUGCGGGCGAUCUCGGCGUCGAGGAGGGAGGCCAUGGCGGCGGAGGAGGAGAACCGGGCGCUGUCCGAGUCGAGGAUCGCGCCGCUGUCCCUGCAGCUGGACGAGCGGCGCGCGGCGGACGCCAGGCUCAGCGGCUUCAACGGCUUCCGCGGGCUGCUCUACGCGCUGCACAACGCCAGCUCCCUCCUCCUGCUCAUCCUGGCCGGCGGCGCCGUCGCGGGGUCCCCGCGCUCGUCCUCCGACGGCGCGGACGACAACAGCAGCAGCAACGACGACGGGUUCAUGUCCUCCAUCGCGACGCUGCAGAAGCGGAUGGCGGAGGAGGCCGCGGGCGACGGCGCGCCGGGGAUGAUCAGGAUGCAGGAGCUGCGGCGCGCGCGCGCGGCGGCGGAGGCGGCGCGGGAGGAGGUGGAGCGCGCGGCGGCGUCCGGCGGCGGCAAGUGCGGCGACCGCGACGGGGCCGUGAAGGGCAAGGCCGGGGAGCUGAAGGCGUGGCUGGAGGUGCUCCGCGCCGGCACGGACGGGCUGGCGUGCCAGCUGGACGACUUCCUGGACGACAUUGUGGAGGGCCGCAAGGAGCUCUCCGACCUCUGCAGCCACUGACCGUACCGAUCGACCGUCCGACCCGAUCGAUGAAACGACGAUGGUGGUUCCUGUCGCCUGCUUGCCUGGCGGCAACGCGUGGUGGUGGUGUACAAGUAAAGCAAUGCUGCUCCGACCCAUAAGUGGCGGCAGUACGUAGUCGUAGGCGUCUUUUGCAGUGGCAGUGCCGGUCUGGGAUCGGAGAGUGGAGUGGAGUGGAGUGUCGCAGCGUUUUGGUCAGGUCAUCAUGUUGUUGCUCUGCUACUUCCUUUCUUGCUGGCUCACUCGCUGCUGCUGUACCCUGUACGUACGUGCGUGCUAUGCUGUGUGUGUCUGAGUGUCUCUCUCUGCCAUGCAAGUAGAGUAUACGUACCACUACCAGAGACAUGAUGGGGUUGAGACUUGAGAGAAGAGAUGGUCGCAAGAAAAGGCUUGUUUGUA